AUGACGACUCCAGAUCACGAAUCCCACCAUGAAGUUGCGCCGCGCUCCGCAGAUGUCAGCACAACUGAUGAAGCUUCCUUUGACGCUCCUCUAGAAGUUGUGGCUCAUAAUUCCAAUCACUCCACGAAUGAACAAAAUGUAGAUGUACCGAGUGAAUGGCUUACUGGUAAUAAAUUGAUCGCGGUAUCAAUUGCUUUUGGCAUAGCGGAUAUUAUGGUUGCAUUAGACAGCAGCAUUUUAGCUACUGCACUACCCACCAUAUCAUCUGAAUUCAAGACAACAUCAUGCCUACCCGUGUUUGGGAAGAUCUAUACUUGCUUCGAGCCCAAGACAACGUAUCUUACUAGCUUUCUUGUUUCCUGUAUUGGCUCGAUUCUUUGCGCUGCAGCCCCUAUCUCUUCAUGCUUGAUUCUUGGUCGAGCAGUGAAUAGGCUUGCUGCAGCUGGAAUUCUCACGGGAAGCUUAACAUCGCGCGGUUCUUUAUUGACUAUUUUUCAAAACAAUGACCAAGUUGUUGACACCCCAGCUUUAAGCACUGUUGUUUCUGACAUCAUUUUUCGCAGAGCCAUUUUUGGCCGUGUGGUCCCCAUGAGACAUAGGCCGCAAGGAAUGGCAAUCAUGGUUAGCAUUAGUAGCGUUAUAUUAGUGAUAGGUAGCACCAUCGGCGGUGUUCUUACAGACUCGGUCCUGACCUGGAGUAUCGUCAAUAAACCGACUGAAAUAUUAGCGCUUGGACUUGCCUGUAGUCUCGUUGUCUUUUACAUCCUAGAUCGCAAGCCUCACCCUGAUCACCAUUUACCUAUUUCUACAAAGCUAUUGAAGUUAGAUCCUCUUAGUUUUAUUUUGCUACUUUCAGGUAUGACCUGCCUCUUUGUGGCUGUUGAAUUCGGUGGCAUAUCCGUCUCAUGGUCGAAUUCAAAAGCUCGGCGAUCUGGAUGCGAAAUGGCAAGUCAAGUUACUUUUAUUGCAGUACAAGUAGUUCUUUCGCCUUCUGAAAUGGCGCACGCUUGCAGCAUGGAGGCUUUAUUUCGUCAGCUUGGAAGCGCUAUAGCGAUCAUUUGCGAUGCUGAGCCAGACACUUCCUCAGCAGAGCAACAGGAGGCCAAGAGUCUCAUUAAUUACGGCGUUAAGCAGGCUUUCAUACUACCUUUAGCUGCUAGUUGUGAGCUGGGGAAUGGAACGAGUCAAGACUGA